GCCGAAAUGACUGACAGGCGGCGCGGGGGCAGCCCGGCCGCCGUUUGGAAAUAGCAGUUCGCCCCUCCCGGUUUCCCCGCCGGCCUGACGCGGCGGCCCGGGAGCGCGCGAGUUGAGCCGUCGCGGGCUCUCGCUCUGCCGCGGAGACGCUGCGGCGGCCGGGGCGCCCGAAGGGGAACCCAGCAUGUCGCUGCCUCCGGAGAAGGCGUCCGAGCUGAAGCAGCUCAUCCACCAGCAGCUGAGCAAGAUGGAUGUCCAUGGCAGGAUAAGAGAAAUACUUGCUGAGACCAUACGGGAAGAACUGGCACCUGAUCAGCAACAGUUAUCAACGGAAGAUUUGAUCAAAGCCCUUAGACGCCGGGGAAUCAUUGAUGAUGUGAUGAAAGAACUUAAUUUUGUUACUGAUAAUGUUGAUCAAGAACUCCCUUCCUCUCCAAAACAACCUGUUGGCUUUACUGACAGACAAUCAACGUUGUUAAAAAAAACUAAUAUUGAUCCAACACGGAGGUAUCUUUACCUUCAGGUUUUGGGUGGAAAAGCUUUCUUGGAACACCUGCAAGAACCUGAGCCUAUACCAGGACAAGCUUGUUCAACCUUUACUUUAUGUUUACAUUUUCGAAACCAACGUUUUCGUUCUAAACCUGUUCCAUGUGCCUGUGAACCAGAUUUUCAUGAUGGCUUUUUACUUGAAGUACACAGAGAAAAUUUAGGUGAUGGAACUAGAAUGGCUGAUUCAACAACAAUGUUAUCAAUAAGUGACCCAGUUCAUAUGGUGCUAAUCAAAACAGACAUAUUUGCCGAGACCACUUUAGUAGCAUCCUAUUUUCUUGAAUGGCGAUCAGUUUUGGGCUCAGAAAAUGGAGUCACCAAUCUUACUGUGGAACUUAUGGGUGUAGGCACAGAAUCAAAAGUUUCUGUGGGAAUUUUAAAUAUAAAACUUGAGAUGUACCCACCACUCAAUCAAACAUUAUCUCAGGAAGUAGUGAACACACAGCUUGCUUUGGAACGUCAGAAAACUGCAGAGAAAGAGCGGUUAUUUCUUGUGUAUGCUAAGCAGUGGUGGAGAGAAUAUUUGCAAAUUCGACCCUCACACAAUUCACGGCUGGUUAAGAUUUUUGCACAGGAUGAAAAUGGGAUAAAUAGACCAGUCUGUUCUUAUGUUAAACCACUUCGAGCUGGGAGGCUUCUGGAUACUCCAAGGCAAGCAGCAAGAUUUGUUAAUGUCCUUGGUUAUGAAAGAGCCCCUGUUAUCGGAGGAGGAGGUAAACAGGAACAGUGGUGCACUCUGCUGGCCUUUCUCUGUAGAAACAAGGGAGACUGUGAAGACCAUGCCAACCUCCUGUGCAGCCUCCUUCUCGGAUAUGGGCUGGAAGCCUUUGUCUGUGUCGGGACAAAGGCCAAGGGAGUGACCCACGCAUGGGUUAUGACGUGUGGGACUGAUGGAACCAUCACUUUUUGGGAGAGUUUAACAGGACACAGAUACCUCCACAAACCUACCAAUCCUGAUGAGCCUUCAGCUGCUGAACAGUCCAAACCGUUGUACCCGUAUCGAACAAUCGGUUGUGUUUUCAAUCAUCAGAUGUUCCUGGGAAACUGUCAGCCCUCUGACUCAGUAGAAAGCUGUGUGUUCGAUUUGAAUGAUGAGUCCAAAUGGAAACCCAUGAGUGAGGAAGCAGUUAAAUCCGUGUGUGCUCCAGGGGCCACGACGUCCCUCCCUCCCUUCCCUCCGCUGUGUGCGUCCACGAUCGAUGCUUCGGUAACAAGCAAUGGAAUUGAAAUGCAGCUCAGGCUACUCGUGUCAGAACACAGGAAGGAUCUUGGCCUCACUACUGUUUGGGAAGACCAGCUUUCCUAUCUCUUAUCACCAGCUCUGGCAUCUUAUGAAUUUGAGCGUACAACCAGUAUAUCUGCGGGCAAUGAAGAAUUUCAGGACGCCAUCAGGAGGGCUGUACCUGAUGGUCACACAUUUAAAGGGUUCCCGAUACACUUUGUGUAUAGAAAUGCGCGGCGCGCCUUUGCCACGUGUCUUCGGUCUCCUUUCUGUGAAGAAAUAAUCUGUUGCCGUGGAGACCAGGUGCGACUGGCAGUUCGUGUCCGAGUGUUUACUUACCCUGAAUCUGCAUGUGCUGUUUGGAUCAUGUUUGCUUGUAAAUAUCGCUCGGUACUAUAGGACUAACUAACAUUUCUAUAAGAAUAUACCUGUAUUUUAUUGGAAUUUUACACAUUGUAUUGAUACAUUACUAGCUGUUUAGAGAUUCAUUAUUUUAAAAAUCACAGUCUGGCUUGGAUGUCAUAUUUCACUUUCGUAUAUACCUGACUAAUAAUGUUUGAAAAAAAUCAUGAUGUGUGUAUUUAAAAAUUAAGGAUGAAAAACUUGUAUAAAUCUGAGUGGAAGAUAGUAUAAAUUAAGUGUGUAUCCUAUUUUAAUAAAUGCUACUUUGUUUAUAGGUAGUCAGUAGUUUAAAUAUGAAUAUAAAAUUUACUCAGUUUUCUUUACAUUAACAGGUAAUCAGAAAGUUAUUUGUCUAAGGGUUUGAGCCAUAGUAAAAUUAAUAUGAUUAUUAUUUUUCAUAGAUUAAUGGGAUUAUUUUAUAUAAGUUAGGAGACUUUGACUUCACAACAGAUUUAUUUAUUACAUAGGUGAAAAUACAUUUUGAUGAAUUUACCACUUUUGUGGUUUACCCAUAACCAUAGGGAUAUUUGUGACUUUCCAGAGAGUUAUGGGAAGAUAUGGAUGCAGGAGCAGGGAAAAAACUAGUACCAGAAAAGCAUAAAUAUUAGUAACAAAACAAACUGCACUUGAAAGUACACAAAUAAUUUAUAAAUAUUUGUUAGUUUGAUUCAUUAUAAAAGUGAAUUGGGUAUUUUAGAAAAAAUUUAUCAUACCCUUUUGUUAUGAUGUUGAGAAAUUGUUUUCUGUAAUUAAUAUUGAUAGUCUGUUGCUGGCUGAUUUUCUGUGGUCAGAGGGUUCAUUACUAGCCUCUCAUGGAGUCCAUCUACUGAAACCACGGUUUUUCUUUCUUUCUUUUUCCCUUUGUGAUAAAAACAUCGAUGUAUAUGUGACAAAUCUAAAUCAGAAUUGUGUGUGAGGCCACUGAAAAAUAAGCCUCUGUGAGCGCCUCCAUGCCGAUGUUUGAUUUUAAAUUGAGCACAGUGAGCGUUGAAGAAAGAGGCUGUAGCAGUUUGACUGUAAGAAGCUGCCUGACGGAUUACUUUGCAGGUCCGUCCGCCUCUCUGCACAGCUCUCGGUUCAGUUCCUUCUCCCGCUGGGCUUCUUAGGAAAGUGACUGUGUACCGUUGGCUGUGCAAGUUAUUCUUUUCAUCACUUUAAUUCACCAUCACAAAUAAGAUUUAAUGUUUUAAAAAUUAAAAUCUAAAGAUAUCCUAAAAUUUACUUUUUGUUUUAUUUUUACGUAUGAUAACUAUUUAUGAUUUCACUUGUUUAAAAAGUCUGAAAAUAUCCCUCCUGUAUCAAUUCUUAUUGAAAACAAUCAGGAGUUUCUUGAGAGACUGACAUGACUUUAGAGGAUUAGCGAGAUAUGAGUUAGACUUUUACUGUGUUGCUGGAGUUACUCACAAAGCUUUUGACAGAGAAAGUGGCUUGUAGUUUUCAACUUCUGGAACAAACUCUUUAUGAGGCACGUACUAAGAGGCAGACUGUAUAAUAUAUGAGAUCAAGGCUGUGUUAUCUUUGAGGCUAGGCUUUCUGCCUUAUUGUGCCAGAGUAACACAUGUACUUAUAAUGCGCCUUUGGUGUAAAUUCUAAAAUAAAUUUCCUUUUUAUGCACUUUAAUAGAGUCUGGCAUGAAUUAAUAUUUUCCUUUAAAGAUGGUUUAUUUCCAGAUAUUACUUAAGUCCUUUUAUCACUAGAAUUCUGCUACUCUUCUUGCUAAUAAUUUUUCUUUUUAAAAAUUAAAUUUAUCUUGUAUAUUUAGCUCUGUCAUAAAAAUUGUUUUUCUAUUAAAAUUGUAAACUUUUUUUAAUAUAA